GUGUUUGUGUUCAGAGGACCCCAUCUCUGAGAUUUCUCCGUAUCUUUGAACGGAGAUUUCUGAGUUCAGCUCAGGUGCUGUGCUGCUGUCUGUGUUCUUUCUGCCACUACUCUCUUCACUUUCCAUUCUCAUCAAUAUACGCUUCAAGGGUUCCCCCCAUUUUUUUGUUUGUUGUAUUUUGAUUUACUUCGUGCGACGAUUUAUUCCUUUUUCCUUCUCAGUUUUAAUUUCUGGGUUUUCUAAGUUACCUUGUUUUGAGGGGUUUUUGGGUGUAAAAUUGUGAUUUUUGGGCUCUAUUAGGGAAAUUUAUCAUCUGGGGUGGUGAUGGGAAGGUAGGGCAUUGAAGGGUGGGUGGUGUUUGGUUCUGGGGUGAUUUUGAUGAUAUUUGGGUUUGGUUCUCUUGGUCUUGCUAGAGAUGGGGUUAGGUGCUGAGAAUGGUAAGGUGGUGGAGUCAAAAUGGAGGAGGAAGAAGAAGAAGAAGAAGAUAGAGGAUGAGGAAAAGAGUGGGUGUUGGGUUAGGCUGAGAUUCAUGGGUAGCUGCAUUUCCUCAAGAUCCAAGGUUGAUAGCUCAGUCAGCGGUACCAGCACUCAUUAUGGUACUGAAAGUAAAUCAACUAAUGAUACAAGUAGAGACCAACCAACAGCUCCAGCGGUCUCUUCUACAACCACUAGUAAUGCAGAAAGCAAUUCAUCCACUUCAAAACUUGAAGAGGAGCUUAAAAUUGCUUCCAGACUGCGAAAAUUCUCUUUCAAUGACCUUAAGUUGGCAACAAGAAAUUUUCGGCCUGAGAGUUUCCUUGGGGAAGGUGGGUUUGGUUGUGUUUUCAAGGGGUGGAUUGAAGAAAAUGGAACUGCUCCCGUGAAACCUGGCACAGGGCUUACCGUUGCUGUAAAAACCCUUAACCAUGAUGGGCUCCAGGGUCAUAAAGAAUGGCUGGCUGAAGUAAAUUUUCUUGGUGAUCUAGUUCAUCCAAACCUUGUUAAACUUGUAGGUUACUGCAUUGAAGAUAAUCAAAGGUUGCUGGUGUAUGAGUUCAUGGCUCGGGGAAGCCUGGAAAACCACUUAUUUAGGAGAUCCCUGCCUCUUCCAUGGUCCAUUAGGAUGAAAAUUGCGCUAGGAGCUGCUAAGGGCCUUACUUUUCUUCAUGAAGAAGCUGAACGACCAGUAAUAUAUAGGGAUUUUAAAACUUCAAAUAUACUAUUAGAUGCUGACUACAAUGCAAAACUCUCGGACUUUGGUCUUGCCAAAGAUGGUCCAGAAGGUGAUAAAACCCAUGUGUCUACACGAGUGAUGGGAACCUACGGUUAUGCAGCACCAGAAUAUGUCAUGACAGGUCAUCUUACAUCAAGAAGCGACGUGUACAGUUUUGGAGUGGUACUACUUGAGAUGUUGACCGGCAGAAGAUCUAUGGAUAAACACAGACCCAAUGGUGAACAUAACCUUGUGGAAUGGGCUCGGCCUUAUCUCGGGGAGAGGAGAAGGUUCUAUAGGUUGAUAGACCCUCGCCUGGAAGGUCACUUUUCCAUAAAAGGAGCUCAGAAAGCAGCACAAUUGGCUGCUCACUGCCUUAAUAGAGAUCCAAAAGCCAGACCCCUAAUGAGUGAAGUUGUAGAGGCUUUAAAGCCUCUCCCAAACCUUAAGGACAUGGCAAGUUCUUUAUAUUAUUUCCAGACAAUGCAAGCUGACCGCUUUAGAGCAAGCCCAAAUACUAGAAAUGGACGCCAGCAAAGGAGCCUUUCAAUACCAAAUGGUACUCAUGCAUCUCCAUAUCACCAUCAGUAUCCCCAACAAUCACCAAAACCCAAAGCCAAAGCAUAGAGAGCUGGUGAAAAUUUCCUCUUUUUUUUCACCCUUCUUUUUUCGCCAUUUCUAUAUUUAAUCCGUCUAGAUGUACCUUCUGUCAAACCAUUUUGUUCAUGGACAACUUGAGAGCAAAAGAAGCAUGCUGCUUUAUGAUGUUGUAAUGAGUGUUGGCCCGGGAAGAAUGUCAGGUGAGGGCUGGGGAAGCUUAUUGAGCUACUAUGUCUUAUGUCAAAUUGUCAACCAAUAUGUUUCUUCAGGUUGUUUGGUAACAUUGAACAUUAUUAUAUUCUCAUCCUUAUUUUAUUUUGUUUUUCUCAUUUGCCCCAGAAAAUGUUAUCUCUUGAUUUCUCUAGGCUUUGAUUGUGCUAUCAAACACUGCAUCUCCUUAAAUUAAUUACAGGCAUUUGUUUAUAGGAAGAUGAGAAAGAAGCUUUAUUGCACUA